AUGUCAGAGAUUGAAAUGGACAUAAAAGAACACGAACUUGUUAUUGAUACAUUAAAAGAGGUAGAUGAGGGUAGAAAGUGUUACAGAAUGGUUGGUGGGGUUUUAGUAGAAAGAACAGUUAAAGAUGUAUUACCAGCUUUAACCAAUAAUAAAGAACAGAUGUCUAAGCUAGUGGAAACUCUCUCUAAACAGAUGGAAACUAAGGGUAGUGAAAUUAAUAAAUUUAGAGAACAACAUAAUCUAAAGAUACGUGGAGAAGAUUCUAAAGAAAUAGAGGGAAAAGAUCAAGAUGCAUCUAAAUCGGGAGCAUCAGGCGUUCUUGUAGCCAAAGACUCUUAG